UUGUAGCGUCGCUAUGCCUCUGUGGGAAAACCGAAAUGAGCAACAAACAUACGUGUUUACUUCUUGGAGCGACUGGUGUUGGAAAGACGUUGUUAGUCAAACGUCUGCAAAUGCUCAAUUUGCAUGGUUUAGGUGAACUGGGGACACCUCCUUCAACUCUUCCUACUGUAGGAACCAAUCUGACAGACUUGACCCUGAAAAGGAAGAAGGUGACAGUGAGAGAGCUGGGAGGAUGCAUGGGCCCCAUAUGGCCCAGUUACUUCAAAGACUGCUCUUCUGUCAUUUUCAUGGUGGAUUCUGCCAAUAUUGCUCAGGUAUCCUCCUCGUGUAUCCAGCUGCUUUCAGUACUCUCAGCGGAGCCUCUGCACAACGCCUCUGUGCUUAUUCUCUUUAACAAGAGGGACAUGCCUUGCAUUAUGAGCCUUAUAGAAAUCAAGUCACUGUUCAGGAUGGAUGACAUUGUCGCAUCGGCCACUCAGCCAAUCACGACGCUGGAACUCAGUGCCCGCUCCGGGCAGGGACUCCAAGAGGUGUUGAGGUGGCUGGAGUCCACUGCAGUAAAGUGAUACAUAUUCGCUCUGUACAUGAUGAUGCUUAUCUCACAAAACUCUGAAAAAUGGUUUCAUGCCUUUUGGCCCACAACAUCAGUAUUCUCAGUUUGAAAAGGGACACUCUUUUUAGAGGCUUUAAUGGUGUGUUUAGUGUUGAAAUGUAUAAAACUGUGACAAGGCAAAAGACUAGAAAAAACUGUUGUCUUUGGUAACAUGUAAAAAUGAUUAUCAUUUAUAAAGGUGAAUGGAGGAGGAGAUGUAUAAGUGAUAUUAUUGCAGGAUGAAAUGAUUGUGUUGCUGGCCUUUUAAAAACAUCUGUUAAAAAAAAAACACCACUGUAGGCCUUACUUGAAGUAGAAAGGUAUUUAUACAGGUCACUUUUUCUAAUUAAUUCUAAUGUGGGGGAUUAACAUCUUACUGUAGCGUGAUCAUAGGACUGGCAUGGAGAAAAGCUCAUGCUACUGUAUGUGUGCUCUUCAACUUUUUUACAACUCCUAAAAUGUAAUGAACACAUGUAAGAAGAGCUCCUCUCCUCAGAUUGGUUACUGUAAGUGUUCACAGUGAUUUAUUACCAGCAGGGGGCGCAAAUUGCACAACAAAGACUGAAUCUGGCACUGGGUGUGGGCCUGUGUUGUGAUUAUCUCAUAUGUAUCGUAUUGAUAGCAAAGGAAAUGAGAAAAUGCAAAACAAUAAACCCAUCAGAAGAAUGAAA